GCACGAACGCCUGAGAAAAGCGCUCUUGUACAGAAUGAGAGGAUCGAUCAGCUGACCUUCUGUCUUAUUAUUACUACUACCAAUAACUCUCAAAUUCCGACUGCACUAUCUAUGUUGCUGUUUUUACCCAUGACCUGAACUGGAUUAGGUGGGGGGGAAAACAGGAUUAUUGUUGUGAUAUUUAACCGCACUGCAUUUCAUAGUGUUUAGAGCACCGAGACCAUGUCGCUUUACAUUGAAGGUCUGAGUAAAGAGUUACCAAGCAACAGCAACGAGAUGGCUCAGUUUCAGGAAGUGAUGCGACAGCAGCUGGAGAGCUCGAUGCACGCCGAGCUGGAAAAACUCUUAGGCACAGCCAAAGGUGCAAAAGCUGAGGUGUCUAAGAAGGACUUUGAAGGCUUUAGGAAGUUAUUCCACCGAUUUCUGCAGGUGAAGGGCCCUUCAGUAGAGUGGUCAAAAAUCAACAGGCCCCCCGAGGACUCGAUCCAGCCAUAUGAUAAGAUUAAGGCAAAGGGUCUACCAGACAACAUAGCAGACAGUCUGAAUAAGCUGGUGGUGGUCAAGCUGAAUGGAGGUUUGGGAACCAGCAUGGGCUGCAAAGGGCCCAAGAGCCUUAUUAGCGUCCGUAAUGAGAACACUUUCCUUGAUCUAACCGUCAAACAGAUUGAGCACUUGAAUAAAACAUAUAAUGCUGAUGUUCCACUGGUGCUCAUGAACUCUUUCAAUACGGAUGAAGACACCAAGAAGAUCCUACAAAAAUACACUCACCACAGAGUCAAGAUACACACUUUCAACCAGAGCAGGUAUCCACGGAUAAAUAAGGAGUCAUUGUUGCCGGUCGCUAAGGACAUGGCUAUGACAGGAGAGAAUGCAGAUGUGUGGUAUCCUCCUGGUCAUGGUGACAUUUACGCCAGCUUUUUUAACUCCGGUCUGUUGGAGCAGCUCAUCGCUGAAGGGAAGGAGUACAUUUUUGUCUCCAACAUCGAUAACCUGGGUGCAACAGUAGACCUGUAUAUACUGAACCACCUGGUGAGCCAGCCGAACGGCAAGCGCUGUGAGUUCAUCAUGGAGGUCACAGACAAGACCAGAGCAGAUGUGAAGGGAGGUACGCUCAUUCAGUAUGAUGGUAAGCUUCGGUUACUGGAAAUCGCCCAGGUUCCCAAAGCUCAUGUAGAUGAAUUCAAAUCAGUGUCCAAGUUUAAGAUCUUCAACACCAACAACCUAUGGAUCUCCCUGUCUGCCAUUAAGAGACUACAGGAACAGAACGCCAUGGACAUGGAAAUCAUAGUCAACCCUAAGACUCUAGAUGGGGAUCUGAAUGUCAUUCAACUGGAGACUGCAGUGGGUGCUGCCAUCAAGUGCUUUGAUAACGCUUUGGGCAUCAAUGUGCCUCGCAGCCGCUUCCUGCCUGUCAAAACCACAUCUGACCUCCUACUGGUUAUGUCCAACCUGUACAGCCUGGAGGCAGGGUCUCUGACCAUGAGCGAGAGGCGCGAGUUUCCCACAACUCCUCAUGUUAAACUGGGCAGCUCCUUCACCAAGGUUCAGGAAUAUCUCACACGAUUUGAGAGCAUUCCAGACAUGCUAGAGCUGGAUCACUUGACGGUGUCUGGUGACGUGACCUUCGGAAAGCACGUCUCUCUAAAGGGGACGGUCAUCAUCAUAGCCAACCAUGGAGACCGAAUCGACAUUCCAGCUGGUUCUAUGUUGGAAAAUAAAAUAGUGUCCGGAAACCUUCGGAUCCUGGAUCACUGAUGCUUUGUGUCGUGUCACCUGGAUGCAGAAUUACAUGACUGACCAACACCUAGCACUGUCCUCAUCAUCAUAACCAAUCACGGAGACAAAAUCGACAUUCCGGCCAGAUCCAUGAAGGAAAGUUAAAGUGUCUGGGAACUUGUGGAUCCUAGAGCACCGACACCUCCACCUAUGACUGUCUCAUACCUAGCACUCUCAGAGCCUUCAUUAGUGGUGCUGAUUACAGCACACGGCACCACAAACACCAUAAAAUUUCCAUUCCAUUCCAGAGACAUUUAUUUUUGUAGUAGUUUGUGUGUAUUAGCUUCCUGUCCUUUAGUGGUCCUCAAAUUGUAUGUACAUUACACAAAUCUCAUCAUUGUGUAUUGUUUCAGUAUUUCUCUCAUUAUAUCUAUGGCAUCACAAACUGACCCUUCGGGGUCAGUGUUCUCUACUCGCUCAAAAAUGUGAAAGAAAGAGUGCAAAGCAAUAAGUGUUCUGCAACAGUGAAGGCUGACGGUUCUGUCUUUGUGUUCUAGAACCUGGUCUAUAUCCUGAAAGUUCUGUGGAACUGAAUAAAGUGCAAUAUGGAACAGAA